AUGGCCUCGUUAUCUUUGCUAAACCCUAAAGCUGAGUUCGCAAAAGCACAAAAUGCUUUCCGAAUUAACACCACAGCUGCUCGUGGAUUAUUCGAGGUACUUAGGACAAAUCUUGGUCCCAAAGGAACGAUGAAAAUGUUAGUGUCUGGUGCUGGCGAUAUUAAGAUCACAAAGGAUGGAAAUGUUCUUCUUCAUGAGAUGCAAAUACAGCAUCCUACUGCAAGUUUAAUUGCACGAGUUGCCACAUCUCAAGAUGAUAUCACUGGUGACGGAACUACAUCUGUCGUGGUUUUAAUCGCCGAACUCCUUAAGCAGGCUGAGCUUUUAAUUAGCGAAGGUCUACAUCCACGUCUUGUGACGGAAGGAUUUGAUCUUGCUCGAGAGAAGUGUUUGGAAAUUCUGAAUCAGUGCAAAAUUGAAGUAACGCCUAAUGCUCCUGAAAGAGACGUACUUUUGGCUGUUGCUGGAACAUCUCUCCGCACUAAACUUCACCCAGAUUUGGCUAAUCACCUUGUUGAGCCUGUCGUUGACGCAGUUCUCGCUAUCAAGCAACCCAACGAAGAUCUUGAUCUUCACCGAGUUGAGAUUAUGGAAAUGCAACAUAAGACCGAUAUGGACACCACUCUUAUCAAGGGUAUCGUUAUGGAUCAUGGUGGAAGACAUCCAGAUAUGCCAAAAGUCGUUACUAACGCUUAUAUCCUAACUUGCAAUGUUUCAUUGGAAUACGAGAAAACUGAAGUCAAUUCUGGGUUCUUUUAUAAAACAGCCGGAGAACGUGAAAAGUUGGUUAAGGCGGAACGCGAAUUUAUUGACAAACGCGUACAAGCUAUCAUUGAAUUAAAGCGAAAAGUGUGUGAUGACACUAAAGCUGGAAAGGGUGAUUCAAAACCCGGGUUUGUUGUCGUCAAUCAGAAAGGAAUUGACCCAAUUUCUUUGGAUGCUCUUGCUCGUGAAGGUAUUUUAGCUUUGCGUCGUGCUAAGCGUCGUAAUAUGGAGCGUCUAUCGUUGGCUUGUGGUGGCUAUGCUCUCAAUUCAUUCAACGACAUGAACCCUGAUUGCUUGGGAUAUGCUGGCCAAGUCUAUGAAUAUGUUUUGGGCGAAGAUAAAUUUACUUUUGUUGAAGAGUGCAAGAAUCCACAAUCUGUGACUCUUCUUAUCAAAGGCCCAAAUAAGUAUACUAUUACACAAAUUAAGGAUGCUCUUAAGGAUGGCCUUCGUUCUGUUAAGAAUACUUUCGAUGAUGGAUGCGUUGUAUCGGGAGCUGGUGCUUUCGAGAUUGUUGCUCACAGAGCCCUCAAAAAGUAUGAGGAGACAGUGAAAGGACGAGCGCGUUUGGGUGUCAGAGCAUUCGCAGAUGCCAUUCUAAUUAUUCCAAAGGUUUUGGCUGCAAACUCUGGUCACGACUCUCAAGAGACUAUGGUCAAGUUGUUAGAGGAAGCUUCCUAUGUUGAGAAACGAAAUGGUACCUCCAGACAACUUGUUGGCCUCGAUUUGGCUACUGGUGAAGUUAUGGAACCGGCUGCAGCUGGUAUUUUGGACAAUUACAUUGUCAAGAAGCAGAUGAUUGGCUCUGCUGCUGUUAUUGCAGGCAAUCUUCUACUUGUUGACGAGAUUAUGCGUGCUGGGUUGAGCUCCCUCAAGGGUUGA